AUGUAUGCAUUGCCUACUAGUACUGACCGUGCCGGUCACCUGUGCGUCCCGCCUGACCCAGGUAUAGGACCUGCUGCUCUAGCUACUGGUGAGGCUGCUGCUCUGGGUGCUAGUGAGUCUCCUGCUCCAGGUACAGGUACCGCGUUGGCUUCGGCCUCCCUCACCUUUACACUUGACUCUGGGGCUUCUCGCUCCUUCUUUCGGGACCGCACCACACUCACGCCGCUUGGUCGGCCGGUUGCAGUCUCCCUGGCUGACCCCUCUGGGGGUCCUGUCCUCGCUCACUUCUCCACUGUCCUCCCGUGUCCGGCUGCCCCCUCGGGCACCCUGUCUGGCCUGUACCUCCCCUCGUUCUCGACGAACUUGGUGAGUGGUGCAGACCUACAGGAUGCGGGGGUUCACCAGUUCACUCCUGCGAGUCAGCGGGUGACCCACUGCACGGACGCACGCACAGGCCGGCACCUGGCCACGUUCUCGCGUCGGCCGGGGUCGAGCCUCUACACCCUGACCACUGAGUCUCCUCCUGUCCCCGCGUCCGGUCAGGUAGCAGCGUCGGGUCAGGUGUUUGCUGCUGCGUCCAGGUCUGGUCCUGAGUCUGCCCCCUGUACUUGUCGCCUCCUGUCUCACGAGACUCUCCCUGUGGCACCACCGUCUUGGCCACCCCUCCUUGCCCCGUCUUCGGAGCAUGGCUUCCCGUGUCCUUGUCUCUGGUCUUCCCCAGUCUCUCCCUCCUCUCCCCUCCGGGCCAGGACCUUCCUGUGUCCCUGUGUCGAGGGUCGCCUCCGGGCUACUCCUCACUCCUCCCACUUCCCCCCGACAGAGGCUCCCCUGCAGACGCUUCACAUGGAUGUGUGGGGCCCAGCCCCCGUCCGUGGGCAGGGUUACGAGCGCUACUUCCUGUUGGUGGUUGACGACUACUCGCGUUACACCACAGUCUUCCCCUUGCGCAGCAAGGGUGAGGUCACUGUGGUGCUGAUCGACUGGAUCCGCGAGGCUCGUCUCCAGCUCAGGAAGAGCUUCGGCUCGGACUUUCCUGUUCUGCGUCUGCACUCUGACAGAGGCGGAGAGUUCUCUUCCCGCCUUCUGCGAGACUACUGUCGUGCACGGGGGAUCCGCCAGACCUUCACGCUUCCGGACUCACCACAGCAAAAUGGGAUUGCUGAGCGCCGCAUUGGCAUGGUCAUGGAUGUCGCUCGUACGUCCAUGAUGCAUGCGGCUGCCCCCCAUUUUCUGUGGCCGUUUGCGGUGAGGUACGCGGCGCAUCAGCUCAACCUUCACCCCCGGGUCUCUCGGCCUGCGAUGUCCCCAGUCUUGCUGUGGACGGGGAAGGUUGGCGAUGCGUCUGUGUUCCGUGUCUGGGGAUCUCGGGCGUUUGUCCGCGACUUGUCUGCGGACAAGCUGUCCCCUCGUGCUGCUCCCUGUGUCUUCCUUGGCUUCCCCACUGACGCCCCAGGGUGGCAGUUUUACCACCCCUCCUCUCGUCGUGUUCUGUCCUCCCAGGACGUCACGUUCGAUGAGUCAGUCCCCUUCUACCGUCUCUUCCCCUACCGCACUCCUUCCCUCCCCCCUCCCCCGGACUUCCUUGUGCCGGUUCCCCCCCCGGUAGACCCCCUCCCCCCUCAGGUUCCUGCCCCCUCAGGUGUGUCCCAGGUAGACGCCGUUGACCCGGUCGAGGUUACUGGUGACUCUGGUGCUGCUGCGGGUGCUGAGCCUGGGGGUGCUGACUCUGGGGGUACUGUGCGCGGGGGUGCUGAGCCUGGGGGUGCUACUGCUGGGGGUGCUGGGCCUGAGGGUGCUACUGCGGUGGGUGCGGAGCCUGGGGGUGCUGAGCCGGGGGGUGCUGUGCCUGGAGGUACUGGGUCUGGGGGUGCUGGGUCGGGAGCUGCUGAGCCUGGGGGUGCUGAGCUGGGAGCUGCUGAGCCUGGGGGUGCUGCGUCUGGAGCUGCUGAACCUGGGGUUUCUCCUGCUGCUGCGUCUCGCCGGGAGCCCCUCUCUCCACAGGAGCUGCGCGAGUGGUACGCUCGCCGCUGCAGGCGUGCUGCUGAGUCUGGAGGUGCUGCUGGAGCUGGAGCUGGAGCUUCUUCGACCGUCGAGGGUGCGGGUGCUGCCGGUCCUGGAGCUGCUGGACCUGCGGGUCCUCCUGGAGCUGGAGGUGCUGAGGGCGUUGGUGCUGAGCCUAGUGCUGUUGGUCCUGCCGCUGGAGGUGUCGGUGGCGCUGGUGCUGAGCUGCGCGAGUGGUACGCUCGCCGCUGGAGGCGUGCUGCUGAGUCUGGAGGUGCUGCUGGAGCUGGAGCUGGAGCUUCUUCGACCGUCGAGGGUGCGGGUGCUGCCGGUCCCGGAGCUGCUGGACCUGAGGGUCCUCCUGCAGCUGGAGGUGCUGAGGGCGUUGGUGCUGAGCCUACUGCUGUUGGUCCUGCCGCUGGAGGUGUGGGUGGCGCUGGUGCUGUCGCUGAGGGUGCUGGUGCAGUCCCUGCUGAGUCUGGAGCUGCCGCGCGGCCUCGGCCGUACUUCGUUCCGCUCCUACAGCAGGUUCUUGGUCUUUCUCCUUCGGUAGAGUGUCCACAGCCUGUCCAGUCGCAGUCACUGUUGGAGCCUUCCUCUCCUCUGCCUGCUCCCUCUCCUUACACUGGUCCUACUGGAGGUCUUGCUGAGCGUCACUCUCUUCGCGCUGCCAGUCCUACUGUCACGCGUCUGCUUGCUACUGUCGUCACUGACCCCUCUUUUGAGUCCACUGCUGCGUCUGCUCUAGUCGCUGAGCUCGUUGACUUUGCUGCUCGCUGUCGUCUCGACUACGCUGCUGGUCUUGUUGCUGAGUCUGCGUCUGUCUGUCCUCCGUCCGUCGGGGGUGAGUGUGCUCUUGGCACGGACGUCCUAGAGGACAGACAGGAGGAGUUACAGUGUCUAGCGGCUGCUUCACCUCAUCUCGCGUCUGUACUACUUGCCCCUGAGGGAGACCCGGAUGCAUUAGACAUCCCGACUCCGCGUUCUUACGCGGAGGCCGUAGAGGGUCCCUACUCCUCUCAGUGGCAGGCAGCUAUGGAUGCAGAGAUGGCUUCCUGGAAGUCCACAGGCACCUAUGUUGACGCAGUUCCCCCUCCUGGGGCGAACAUCGUCAGUGGCAUGUGGAUCUUCAGGGUGAAGCGGCCGCCGGGCUCUCCACCUGUCUUCAAGGCGCGGUACGUUGCUCGUGGCUUCAGUCAGCGGCAGGGAGUUGACUACUUUCAGACCUUCUCUCCCACCCCGAAGAUGACCACUCUUCGGGUGCUGCUGCACAUAGCCGCUCAGCGCGACUACGAGCUUCACUCUCUUGACUUCAGCACUGCGUUCCUGCAGGGUAGCCUGCACGAGGAGAUCUGGCUGCGCCGUCCACCUGGCUUCACUGGGACUUUCCCUCCUGGCACCCAGUGGAGCCUCAGACGGCCAGUCUACGGUCUCCGCCAGGCACCGCGUGAGUGGCACGACACACUGAGGACUACGCUUGCGGCUCUUGGGUUUGCUCCUUCUACUGCUGACCCGUCGCUGUUUCUGCGCACCGACACCUCGCUGCCGCCGUUCUACAUCCUCGUGUACGUCGACGACCUGGUCUUUGCCACAGCGGACACUGCUGGACUCGCCUACGUGAAGUCCGAGCUGCUGAAGAGACACACGUGCACAGACCUGGGUGAACUGCGCAGCUACCUUGGCUUGCAGAUCACUCGGGACAGAGCACGCCGCACCAUUACCUUGACUCAGUCACACAUGGUGCAGCAGGUCCUUCAGCGCUUCGGCUUCACGUACUCCUCGCCUCAGGCCACUCCUCUACCUACUCGCCACUCACUCUCAGCUCUGCCUUCGGAUGAGUCCGUAGAGUCGAGUGGUCCGUAUGCAGAGCUUACCGGAGCACAUGGCUGCAGCGAAGAGGGUAUUGCGCUACCUGUGCAGCACGUCGGGCAUGGGGCUAGUGCUUGGAGGGCGGAGUCCAGUGGUCCUUACCGGCCACGCGGACGCUUCUUGGGCUGA